UAGUGUAAACAUAAAAUAGUGUACCAUACCGAUACAGGGUGGAAACAGGGCAAGUUCCAAUUAAAAAAAAAAACAAACAUAUAUUAUCCAUUGUGUUGCAUCACAUUACCUAAACCGUCCUACGAUGACUUUGCUUGAGUAAUGUAUUUCCUCUGCUUAUUGUCACAGGCCGUGCUAAUCAUCAUGUCCUAUUGACCAUUCUGUUACAGCCGGUUGAUGGAGAUGGAUGAGUGGUCGUUGACUGGAUGAAGGGAUGCAUACGUGAUCUGACAGAGGACGUCUCAGAGGAGCUGAAGAUGUGCAUGAUUCUGCUGCUGGAUUUCCUAUGUACGUACAUCCCAAAGGUCCUGUGCAUGACACCGUGUAUGACUUCUGGAGGAUGGUGUGGCAGGAACAGUCGGCCUGUAUUGUCAUGGUAACCAAUCUGGUGGAGGUUGGAAGGGUCAAGUGCUACAAAUACUGGCCGGAUGACGCUGAGGUGUACGGCGACUUCAAGGUGACUUUUAUCGAGGUGGAACCGCUUGCUGAAUAUGUGGUCCACACGUUCACGUUGGAGAGGAGUGUCGUGGGGGGUGCUGGAGCCUACUGUGGUCCACUGUAGGUAUGAAUAGUCUCACCGUAAAGACGGAUAAAGACCGACCGCACGGGCUGCUUCAUAGUCAUCGACAUCAUGCUGGACAUGGCCGAGCGAGAGGGCGUGGUCGACAUCUACAACUGCGUCAAGGCACUUCGGUCCAGGAGGAUCAACAUGGUACAGACUGAGGUGACUGCAUUACCCAUCAUCCAUCUGCAUCAACAUGGCUAGGGUAGACACGGAAACAACUCACUGGACUUUGGACUUGGACUGGGUACCAGCUGAAGGGACGACAUCCAUCCAUCCAUCCACCCAUCCACGAUAUCUGUAUCUGUUUGUGUUGCCACAUGCUAGCGAUAAAACGGCACCGUAUAUUCCUGACUAUGAAUUGCUCGGGAUAAAAGUCGCACCGGCUAAAAAAUGCACAAAGAAAAAAAGCCUAUCCCAGCUGUCUUCGGGCGAGAGGCGGGGUACACCCUGGACUGGUGGCCAGCCAAUCAUAGGGCACAUAUAGACAAACAACCAUUCACACUCACAUUUAUACCUAUGGACAAU